CCCCAUCAUAAUAAUGAGAAGCAACGACGGUUGUUGGACAUGCAAAUUGAGAAAGAAGCGAUGCGACGAGUCGAAGCCAGCGUGCAGGAAUUGCUCCACACUGGAGAUAACAUGCAACUUCGACGCUCAGAGGCCAUCAUGGAUGGAUAACGGACCUAAUCAAAAACAAAAGACCGCAGAGAUCAAACACGAAGUCAAAGCUGCUGCUGCGCGCCGACGUGGAAUGGUGUCGAUGAACGCUUUGGAUCCUACUGCCGCAGAAUUUGAUGGAGAGGAUGGAUUGACAGCGAAUUCGCCCGGCCAACAACUUAUGCCCCCUAUAGAUUCGAUUACUCACCAUGAAGAAAUCUCAGACUACAUCUCAGUCUCAGCACCAAUGCCUACACCGCCUAACAGCGAUCUGGUAGCGAGCCAUAUCGACCAGAAUCAUUGGAAUUCAAUGAACUGGUCGCCGGCUGGGAAUUUUAGUGACAGAAGACCAGAAGGUCUAGAACUCGAUCGACGUUUUCUGAUGUUCUACUUCGACCAUUUUUUCCCAUUCUUAUUCCCGUUCUACAAGCCGCCACUGCUCGAAGGUGGACGCAGCUGGAUCAUGGAGCUUGUGGUAUACAACCAAGCUAUGUGGCAUACAACUCUUUGUUUGAGCUCGUACUUCGUCUCAGUUGCGUUUGAUGGCGCUAUCUCGGAGAAAACUCUAUGCAAGUCGCUUGCAUGGGACAAGCUAUUGAAGCAGAUGAAUAUCACAUUUCAGAUGCUCCAGCACGAUCUCCAUGAAGUAACGUCAAAUGAUACGCCGAAAUCUAUAGUUAAGGCUUCCAGAAUCAUGGGGAGCAUUAUUCAGCUUCAACGCUUCGAAAUCUCGAUAGGUAAUUCCGAGAGUUGUCAGCAGCACCUGGGCGCAGCUAUCACACUGUUUCAAGAAAUCUUUCACCUUGCACGGCACGAUGGCGAUGGCUACAGUAUGACCACUCUAUCUGACGUCCUUGGUUAUAUGGGACGACCACUUUGGGCCAUCAACUCCCAGCCUAGCGGGGGAGCCUGGAGUUCCGAUCAAGCAGCCUUUCGAUUCUACACAGCACUUCUGAUUGUCGAUGACAUCGUUGCCAGCACGUGUACAUCAGAGCCACCUAGAUUAAUCGAUUAUCACGCUAGUGCCCUCGCAAACGACCGCAAUUCCGACGCGAAGCCCCUGCUAAAUCUCCAAGACUUUGUUGGCUGUGAAAACUGGGUCAUGUUACAGAUCAGCGAGAUCUCAGCACUCGACGCAUGGAAGAGUUCUAUGAAGAAGGCGGGUCAGCUCGACAUGAUGGAGUUGGUAGCGCGCGCGUCAGGUAUCAAGUCGGCACUGGUUGGCAACCUCGCACGUCUUGACGCUACUGUUAAUGCGCCAAAGGCUAACCCGCUUGGGUUGUUCGCAGUAUACAAUGACCAGUUACCAUAUAUUUCUGGUGGAUGCAAUACUUUUGUGACCCGUGUGUGGGCGCACGCCGCAUUGCUCUACCUGUCAGUGGCUGUCUCUGGAUGGCAGCCUGCAAGUGCUGGCAUUAGAGAGAAUGUGAUCAGAAUAUUAGCUCUUUUGGACCAAAUGCCGGCACCAGAGCUUCUAAGAACUAUGGUCUGGCCGUACUGUUUAUCUGGCUGUCUGGCCGAGCCCCACGAAGAAAACCGCUUUCGAGCAAUGGCCGAUGCACUGGUCCCAUAUCGACUGUUCGGAGCCGGGCGCAAAGCGCUCGAGAUUAUGGAGAAUGUAUGGAAGUGCAGAGGUGAGCUGAGUAUUGACACAGACUUUUCUGCAUGUGUCUCUAGUUUGGGCUAUAUAUCUUUGUUGGUCUAA